CUGGUCGAAUCCUUAGCACAGCUCGCCGCCGCCACUUCUCUGCCCCGAUGACCUUCCAGCAGCCGCCCGCCGUCCGCUCGCAGUCCUCGCACGGUACCGAGCAACGCAAGAGCAAGGGCCUCACGCCGCGCCUCUUCUCACGAUCCAAGUCUUCCUCUCGCUCGGCGGGAGCAGCGCCCAUGCGCAUCGAGUUCCGCGUUGUCUUUCGCAAUGGCGGCGUGGCGUGCGACCCGUUCGCCACGUACUCUGACUCGGCGCUCCACGCUGCGCUCAUGUCGGCCCUGCCCGAGGGCAUGACCGGCAACCUCAUGCCGUCGACCGACAGCAAGGGCCAGCCGGCCGUGCUCGUUCGCGCACAGGCCUCCGACAUCAACACCAUGUACGAGCUCCGCUCGCAGGUCGUCUCGGGCGACUUUAUGAGCGCCCUCACGCGCCACCUCCGCUCACACGUCAAGUCGGAGCGCCGCAGCCAGCGCCUCGAGAUUUCCAAGCGCGCCGACGCGGGCCAGUCGACGACCGGCAUGCCCGAGCCGCCUGCCAAGGAUGCGGACCUCGACUCUAUGGAAGCGGGCGCCAACGAGAUGACGAUCAUGGAGGAGGAGACGGUGUGGGAGAAGAUCCGCCUCCUCCUCCCGUGGCAGAACGACGAGGACAAGGCCGACGCCGAGAUGAAGAGCACCAAGCGCGAGCUGCAGCAGGCGCGGCAAGCCCUCAAGGAGCGGCGGCAGCAGGUCGCCGAGCUGGAGGCGCGGUGCAACGAGCUGACGGAGCGGCUGGCGACGAUGUCCAAGGAGGACUGCCCCGCCAGCGACGCCAUCGAGUCGAUCCCCCCGCCGGCGGCGCCGGCAGAGGAGAAGUAUGCAGAGCCGGAGCCGGUGGCGGAGGCGCCGGCGGCCGCCGUCAACAACAACCCAACCGCGGCGAACUAUGUCGCGCUCGAGGAGCUGACGCCGGAGCAGUGGCAGAAGAUCAAGGACCUCAAGGCCGCCUACCUCGCCGCCGGCGGCGAGCUCGACGAGUACGGCGACAUCUUCAUCCUCCGCUUCCUCGUCGACAAGGACUGGAAGUACGAAAAGGCUCUCAAGAAGGCCAAGUCGACGGCGGCGUGGCGCGCCAAGAGCGGCGUCAACGGCUUCCGCAAGCAGAUUGCGUCGGGGCUCGUCUACAAUGAGAUCCCCAACAUCAAGGAGCUCUUCACCACCGUCGCCGUCUCAAACGCGCACAGCCGCACCAAGGCGGGCGACCUGAUGACCUUCAUCGACUACGGCUCGCUCGACGUCAACAAGUUCUUCAAGCUCCUCGACAACUCGCAGUACUUUGACAUCAACAACUUCAUCCUCGAGUAUGUCUCGUACCACUCGGACAAGCUCACGCAGGAGACCGGCGCCCUCGUCCGCCAGUUCAUGGUCAUCGACGCCGGCGGCAUUGGCCUCGCGCACGUCUCGCUGCGCAUGUUCAUCCGCUUCAAGCCGAUCAUGCCCCUCGCCGACCUGUACUACCCGGAGCUCCUCGGCGGCGCGCGUGUGCUCAACGCGGCGUGGGCGCUGCACCAGGGCUGGAAGCUCGUCAAGCCGCUCUUGUCCAAGCAGAUCCAGGACAUGGUUGGCAUCCUGGACUGCAAGCACACGCCCGGCGCGCUGCUCAAGGUGGCGGACCCCGAGGCGGUGCCCGACUUUUACGGCGGCACCUGCACCACCAUUCCGCGCCCGGCGGUCGACUGGUACCCCAAGGCGGGCAUGGAGGGCGUCGACGCGGCCGCCAUCUGCCCGGGCAAGAAGCUGGGCGCAUACAUGCGGCGCACGCUCGCGCCGGACGGCGCGCCGCUCUCGAGCGGGACCAAGUGAGGUGCCACGGCGCCGCCGCCCAACUACGUUCGGGGCCAGUGCGGCGGGCGGACAUGCUCUGCUGGCGAGGGCGCAAACCCAAUGUAUAGUCGUACGCCGUGCGGGGCGUCUUCAUGUGGCACAGCUGCCGCGAGGGCUGCAGCUGACCACUCUUUGCCAACAUCGCACGCGUUGCGGCUUGGUGAGGAGUGGCGGCAUCACAAUGACGCUCCAUUUUGUCGUUUAUUAGAGGGCCUCGACGCCCGAGAGAGAGGGUGUGGCGGUGUGUGACGGUCCGACUAUACUAAACAAACAAUGUGGUGCGAAAACGGAAAACAAA